AACUAAAUAGUAAAUUAGUAUGAAAAGUGGGAAGACCCGCAUAAAACGAAGUUCUGUUUGAUUUGGAUUCCCUCCUCCGCCUUCAUUUUGUUGCUUCUGCUUUCUUUCUUCUUCCUUCUGCUCAGCACAAAUUCACGCUUUCCCAAUCUCAAAUAACAGUAACAAACACUUCCCAAAUACGAGAUGGGAGGUAACAAACGUAAGAGACCACACAAAUCCAAAACCUCCGCCCCGGAAACCCUAGACCACCCCACCCCCGCUCCCUCCCCUGCUCCCGUCACCGCCACUGCCACCGCCACCGCCGUUGCCGCUCCUAACUCUGCCUCCAACACUGCCUCAAUGGAGGACGUCUUUUCCGUUAGCAAUGUCGAGCUCAUCGACAACACCGUCUCUCCCCGCGUUCGCCGCCACCGUGGCCGCCCCAAGAAGGUCCCCGUCCACUCCGACAAACCCCUAUCUCUUGCGACGGGGCGCCGCCUUUCCCGUCCACUCGACAAAGGAGACGGAGACUUCUCGGUUCCCGGCGACGCUGGGAUGUCCACCUUGGUGGCGAUGGAGGUGGACAAGGGGUGGGAGGCGCGGGUGUUGCCGGCUAUGGACUCCGUGGUGAAGGUGUUUUGUGUCCACACGGAACCGAAUUUCUCGCUGCCGUGGCAGCGGAAGAGACAGUACAGCUCGAGUAGUAGCGGGUUUGUGAUUGGCGGGAGAAGGGUUCUGACGAAUGCGCAUUCGGUGGAACACUACACACAGGUCAAGCUCAAGAAGCGUGGCUCUGAUACCAAGUACUUGGCCACUGUGCUUGCCAUUGGAACCGAAUGUGACAUUGCCAUGCUUACAGUGGAUGAUGAUGAGUUCUGGCAAGGGAUGUCACCUGUAGAGUUUGGGGAGUUGCCUGCACUUCAAGAUGCGGUAACUGUUGUGGGAUACCCAAUUGGUGGAGAUACUAUCUCGGUGACCAGUGGUGUUGUAUCACGCAUUGAGAUUCUAUCUUAUGUUCAUGGUUCUACAGAGCUUUUAGGUUUACAGAUAGAUGCUGCUAUAAAUUCUGGCAAUUCUGGAGGACCUGCAUUUAAUGAUAAAGGAAACUGUGUGGGGAUUGCAUUUCAGUCCCUUAAGCACGAAGAUGCGGAGAAUAUAGGUUAUGUCAUUCCAACACCAGUUAUCAUGCAUUUCAUCCGGGAUUACGAGAAGAAUGGAGGCUACACUGGGUUUCCUAUUCUAGGGGUUGAGUGGCAGAAAAUGGAAAACCCUGAUCUGCGAAUGGCAACAGGCAUGAGACCUGACCAGAAAGGUGUGCGCAUUAGAAGAAUUGAUCCCACUGCUCCAGAAUCCAAGGUUUUGAAGCCAUCAGAUGUUAUCCUUAGUUUUGAUGGGAUUGAUAUUGCCAAUGAUGGAACAGUUCCAUUUCGACAUGGAGAGCGCAUUGGCUUCAGUUAUCUCAUCUCACAGAAAUAUACCGGGGAUAAUGCAGCAAUUAAAGUACUGCGAAAUGCAAACAUCUUAAAAUUUGACAUUAAACUUGAAACUCACAGAAGGCUUAUUCCAUCACAUAGCAAGGGCAAGCCUCCCUCGUAUUAUAUAAUUGCUGGAUUUGUUUUUACAACUGUUUCGGUUCCAUAUCUUCGUUCUGAGUAUGGAAAAGAUUAUGAAUAUGAAGCUCCAGUCAAGCUUUUGGAUAAAUUGCUGCAUUCAAUGCCACAAUCACCAGAUGAACAACUUGUUGUGGUCUCUCAGGUGCUCGUGGCUGAUAUCAACAUUGGAUAUGAAGAUAUUGUUAACAUCCAGGUCCUUGGUUUCAAUGGUAAACCAGUGAAAAACCUGAAGAGCCUGGCCACUAUGGUAGAGAGCUGCAAUGAUGAAUAUCUAAAAUUCGAUCUAGAUUAUGAUCAGAUAGUGGUCCUUCGCACAAAGACUGCAAAAGCAACUACCCUUGAUAUUCUUGCAACACACUGUAUUCCAUCAGCGAUGUCUGAUGAUCUUAAGUCAUGAUCUGGAUCACAAUGUGGUAGAUUAUGCAUCACUAUCUCAAGUUAUUAUUUAACCGGGUAACAAUGAUGCAGAUACGUAGGCUUGACAUAAAUGGUAGUGGGAGUAAUGUUUUGUUCAAUUGCUAAUACUUGUCGUAUAUCCUCGUGGUUCCGCAUUUUGAAAGGGGAUGAGAGAUAGAGUAAGCAGGAUU